CCAAACUCACGAAAAGAAUAAAAUCAUAUUUUGGUUUGUUUUGUAGGGUUUCUCUAAUGGCACGGUUUGAGCCAUAUAAUUAUAGCAUUGGUCUUAAUCCUUUCUUAGCACAACUUAACCAUAAUCCAGAGCUAAUAAAUUUGGACUCACCAGCUUCUACUCCCUCCAGUUUCAUGCUUUUCUCCAAUGGAGCUUUAGUUGAUGCCCAUCACAAUAAUUCUCACGUCUCACCAAAUUUAUUGCAAGCUGAUUCAAGAAGAAAAUGCAAUAAAGAAGAGAGAGGGUCGAAGAGAAGAAGAAAGAGGUUGGAGGAGGAAGAAACCAUGAAUAAUGAAGAAGAUGAUCAGACUCAUCAGAAGCCAAAAGAUGUUGUACAUGUCCGAGCUAAGAGAGGUCAAGCUACUGAUAGCCACAGUUUGGCUGAAAGGGUACGAAGAGAGAAGAUAAAUGAAAGGCUGAAAUGCUUACAAGACCUUGUUCCUGGCUGCUACAAGACAAUGGGAAUGGCAGUGAUGCUUGAUGUCAUCAUAGAAUAUGUUCGAUCACUCGAGAAUCAAAUCGAGUUUUUGUCCAUGAAACUCUCUGCGGCAAGUGCUUACUACGACCUUAAUUCUUUGGACAUUGAGCCAACGGAUAUAUUUCAGGGAGGGAACAUGUCCAAUGCAGAAGAGAUGGAAAGGAUUUUAAGAGAAAGUGUUGGGACUCAGCCUCCUAAUUUCAGUUCUACAUUUCCCUUUUAAUCAUAGAAAAUAG